AUGGGACGAGCGAUUCCAAGAGCGUUGGAACUGGGAUUACAUUUCCAGUCCGAAGAGGAUUGCUGGGUUAAGAUUGACUUGGGCAACGUAAGUGCAAUUGAUGAUAUUGAGGUUGAAAGUCGGGAUGCAACAGGAGAAGGAUCAGGGGAACCAGGGGACGAGGCAGAGGCAGAUGAUGUACCCGAGACAAGGAUACGCACAUUAAGUUCCGUCACUGUUAGUAUUGGACUGAAGUGA